UGCUGAGCAAAUAUGUCAGCAUUUCGGACAGCGCAAAUUUUAACAAACGCGCAGCAACUGGAGCGUCUUUAAAAUAAUUAAGUACGAUAAUUUCUCUCUAUCUUCCGAAAAUUGUCCACUUUGCCGAAAAUUGUCUCUUCGGUGCGAGUAAAAGUCGAAGAAACUGAGCGACUGCACACAUAUUCUUAUACUCUUCUUCAAUUAUACUCUGAUCCGUCAACAACCCGUCUUCGUCUCAUCCCCCAGCUUCCCGAAUAAGGGUUGGAAAUUUCGUGUUGUAGAUUGAUAACACUGAUGGUUUGAAAACUGAAGCAUCUUGUCUGUAGAAGUUUACAUUUGAUACACAAUGAGUCGUUAUGAGAUAGCUGUUAAAACUUCAGAUGAUCAAGAGGGUACCACCAGCUCUUCUUUAAGUCAGCAAAGGGAUAAGGAUCCUGUUAAGCGUAAGACGGAGAAGGAUCAGGUUGAGCUUUAUAAGGACUUUGUUCAACUAACAAAGCUUAGAUCAGCACCCAAUAAACGCUUCAGUUGGACUACAACCAAUAGGUUGAGAUUACCAGUUUCAACUUUCAAAUUGUUGGCAGGUAGGGAAGCCAAUUAUACUGGUAGAGCUAGAUUCUCAGCAGCAGAUGAAUCUCACGUUUUAGGCAGAUAUUUGCCUUUGAAUGGCCCUUGGAGUGUUUAUCAGCUGAACAACCCCAUAUACAUUUCACAGUUCUCUGCUGAUGGUUCACUUUUUGUUGCUGGAUCUCAGGGAAGUCACAUCAGGAUAUAUGAUGUAGAUAGGAAUUGGAAAGUUCAUAAGGAUAUUGAAGCCAAACACAUGAGAUGGACUAUUACUGAUGCAUCUCUUUCACCUGAUCAACGAUUUCUUGUUUAUUCUAGUGUGAAUUCUAUUGCUCAUAUUGUAAAUGUUGGAUCUGGGGCAACUGAGUCAGUUGCAAAUGUAACGGAAAUUCAUGAAGGUUUAGAUUUUUCUGUUGACAGUGAAGACAAAGAAUUUGGGAUCUUCUCUGUUAAAUUUUCUACUGAUGGGCAAGAGCUUGUUGCCGCAGGCAGUAAUGAUUAUAUAUAUGUUUACGAUCUCCAAGCAAAUAGGUGUAGCCUUCAAAUUCAUGCGCAUGAGUCAGAUGUUAACACUGUAUGUUUUGCGGAUGAAACUAGCAAUAUCAUAUAUUCUGGAAGUGAUGAUAACCUCUGCAAGGUGUGGGAUAAACGUUGCUUCACGGGGAGACAAGCAAACGGGGUCUUGAUAGGACAUUUAGAAGGCAUUACUUUCCUGGAUAGUCGUAGGGAUGGGCGCUAUUUUAUUUCAAAUGGAAAGGAUCAAAGUACCAAACUCUGGGAUAUACGGAAGAUGUCCACAAACACUAGAGAUUGUCCAAGGUACAGAUUUAGUCAUUGGGACUACAGAUGGAUGGAGUAUCCAGAGCACAUAAGGAAUGUAAAACAUCCCAAUGAUCAAUCAUUGGCCACAUUUAAAGGACAUUCAGUCUUGGGCACUUUGAUUCGCUGUUACUUCUCCCCAGAAUAUAGCACCGGUCAAAAGUACAUCUACACUGGAUCUAGUGAUAAUUGUGUCUACUUUUAUGAUGUGUUAAGUGGAGCUGAAGUUGCAACACUCAAGUUUCAUGAAGCUCCUGUAAGAGAUUGUAGUUGGCACCCUUACUACCCAAUGAUGGUGACCUCCUCAUGGGAUGGUAGACUUGUCACAUGGGAAUUUCCAAGGCCUGGCAAACCUGCUGAAGUAUUACGAGUGAAGCCUAUCUCUCGUAGGCGUCGGAGGAGAGUGUUUUAGACACGAGUUUUAGAUCUUCUAGAAAGUAGUAAGAUAAUAUUCAUAUGAUCGUAUGAGUACUAUUUUUGUCAUCAUCAUCGUCCCCUCCUCAGGAUGAGUGGAGUUGAAUGCUGAAGUUUACAGGUUUUUCCCUUUGUUUUCCAUCAAAUUCAGAUGUGUAAAUAGCUUGCACUGAUUUGUGAAGACUCUUUAUAGUUCAUCAUAAUUCGGUACAAACGUAA